AUGAUCAACGUCCUGGUCGACCUGUCUACGUUUCGACGCCACAAAAAGUGGCUCAAAUUAAUGAAAUUGGUUCCAGAGGAUCAAAUUGUGAACCGAAAUUACUAUUUGACAGUUUUGGUAACACUGCACGAACGAGUUCGUAAGAAACGGCCGAUGUUGUUGAAAAAUAAGUCGUGGAUUUUGAACCAGGAUAACGCAUCUGCCCAUAACGCGCUGUCUGUGAAGCGUUAUUUGGCCUCUAAAGGCACUCUAGUGCUCGAACACGUGUCUUACUCACCCGACUUGGUACCCUGCGACUUUUACUUGUUUCCGAAGAUCAAGUCUGCUUUAAAAGGAACCCGGUUCGAGUCGUUGAAAGAGGUGAAACGAAAAUCGGCGGAACUCCUGAAUGGUCUUACGAAAACAGACUUCCAGCACUGCUUCGAGUAA